AUGGAUGAGGCUCGGCGAGAACGUGCGAUUUCCUCAGAGCCUUGCUCAGGACGCCCAAACCCCUUCGACGACGUCACCGAGCAAGUUUCGCGAAAACGACAGCGAGUCUCCAACGGAGGAUCACGGAGUCGGUCGGUGGACACAGCUCGGGAUACGGACGUUGUGCCGGAUUCAAUGUUGCUGCGAGAAGAAAAUCCCAAGGCUGAAGCUGACCCUCCUCCUUCCACCCCUACGCGAGAGCCUUCCGAACAACCACCUACAGAGCCAACCUCGAGUCGAGUCACCAUAAACCUGCGAACCAACCGACCUCUCGAAGCCAUACCCUCCUCUCCGCCAUCUCCGUCAACUCCCUCCAAGAUGGUACAUGCGGCAGACGAUGCUGGUACCCGCAUCAGCGUUGAAUCAGAGAGCGAUGCACUAUCCACUAUCCCACCAAUAGAAACUCCAUCAUCUUCUGCAUCCCCAAUAGGAAGUCCACAAGUUGAGCUUGUCGAUGAUUUGGAGUUCAUCAACGAUGACCCGCCGGUGGCCAUCAUCAACGAUGAUCCUGUCUAUCUCGAUCCUAUGUUAAACUUCCCAUACAAUGCUGAAGGAGAAACACUGGCCAAUACGAUCGGUAGACUUGCUAGAUUUCUUCAAUAUGAUGCGAUUGAUGACGAUAUAGCCUUUUGCAAGAUCCGUGAUUGGAUUGAGCAAUACCUACUUGCGAACCAAGAUCUCGAGUCGUUCUAUCGAACGUAUGCUAAGCAUCGGGAAUUCUGGGGUGUCCUUCCGGAUUUAAUAUGGGCUUUGAGUUAUCGCAGCCGCUUCUUUGGAGACUUCCUUCGUAAGAGCCGCGAGAGUCGCCAGGCGCUGACUGAAAUGCUCUGCCAAUUUGCUCGACUUGCUGGUAAAUUUUUGGCCAUGGAUGUCCGAACAUUGGAGUACUAUGCGCGGGCGAACAAUGAUCAGGAGCCGGAUCUUGGAUCUCGUGUCUACCUUUGCGCCUUCAGCUUUCUGCUCCGAAAAGAGGAACAUUCGCACAUUGGCCGCAAUCUCGAGACGCAUUACUCGUGGAAUUGGGAUGAUGAUGCUGCUCUGAUGUCCGACAGCUUUCAGACCGAAGGAGGCACCAUCUUGGCUCUGACUAAGCUCGUCCGAGGGCAGUUGAACUUUAUGUCACGCAAUCCAAAGGUGGUUGACACCUUCACCGAUCCUUGUCGAAUCGCUUGCAAGCUCUUUAUUGAUGCAGCUGCGAAUAUCGAGGAUGGAGAUCAACAACACCCACAAAUCAACCAAGCUGCUCGGCAAAAGAUAUCCCAAGGGUACGACUUUUACACCCUUAUGUCCGCUGGUCUGGAGACCAUAAUUGAUAAACACGUUACCUUCCUGAGCCAAGAUGCUGCGGCUGCUCACUUGUAUAACCUACCACUCUUCUUGAAGGUUGCCAUAAGCCAGGAAGUUUCCGCAGCCCGCGACCUCCUUGAGACCAAGCGACGUCAGCAUACUAUGCUAGUUCGAAAACAAUUUCCAACGGUCAUAUCCAAAGAAUGGAAGUUCACCAUAUUGAAGAAGCUUAUCACUUCAGCGCAAAUGCAGUUGCGUGUGAUUGGGGUCACAACAAUGUGUUCGGAUUUGCUCGAGUUAUAUCAACGCAACAAGGGACCGGAUCCAAGUUCCAGCCCAAUACUCCUGUAUUUUGCUGAAUUUGUCCUUGAAAAUCAACUUGUUGACUACAUUGUUGGCAUUGGAUCUCACCCAGAAAUCAUCAAUGAGAGUAACAACAUCCUCGGGUUCUUGAUUGUCACAAAGACCUACAAGUCGGCUCAGACCGAUAAGAUCUGGCAGACUGUCAUGACCAGCCAGGAUCCUAGAGUGGUAGAGGCUAUCCUGCGAAUGGUCAUGCGUUGCCUGAACUUAUACGAUUAUCGCUCUCUCCUCUACCUUUGCAAGAAGGUGUGCGAUGUCCCCAUUGAGUCCUUCACUGUUCCGAUGCGGGAGUUUAGUCAAAACCUAUUCAAAGAUCUUGUGGUUAAAGCGAUGUCCGAUCAAGUUCAUUAUCUUGGAGCUCCGCCUUACGAUUUGUGUGUACGACUCAUCCGCGAGUCCUCGAUCAUCUCCCCCGAAUGCCCCACAGGAUAUCCUGAGAUACAAGCCUUUGCAGCUAGCCGAUUGCGAGAGCUGCUUCAGCAGGGUCCAGGACCUGAAGCUCGCACUGCUAUCUAUCUCAGCUGCCUAGAGGAUAUCUCGAGUAGAACCCCUACGGCACCGGGAAGCAUAUGCGUUAUCAAUGCACUUCUCCGGCAAAAUAAUCCAGACCUGCGAAGACUGUGCAACGACCACAGCCUAACACAACUGGUGGUUGAGGAAUUGGAGUCUGCUGUUGCCGCAGAUCGUCAUUCUACGGCGAGAAACAGCCCUGCUGGCAAUGCCCGCCGUGAAUUACUGAUGUCUCUCAUUAUUCACGAACCAGCCACAAUUAAUCCAGAUCUUGGCAAACGACUCUGGAACGUUCUCGUCAGCAGCGGAUCGAAGUCUAUUAUCGAGCGCAAUUCAUCUUGGUUAAUUCUCAAUAGCGCGACAAAGAAAUCCUCGACCAAAAACGUCUUCAUUGCGUCGUGCUACCGGGACUACCUCCCAAAACUCCCUCCACAUUGCUUUACCACCGGAGCUCUGGAUUUUGCAAGAGAAGCCAUAGUUGCUUGGCUAGACGAGAUCCGACCUGACUUUAUUGCAGAAGACCGGACCUUUGAAUCUCAGGCACUGGAGCAACUUUGGCGCAUGAUCUUGACCGCCCCACCAAACACCAUUGAUGCGGCUGCCAUCAACAUUCUUGUGGAGGUCUACGUCGACCAUUCACUCAUUUUGGCAUUGCCACGAGCAAAAGCAAGAAGCAUCCAUCUAGCGUUGGUUGAUCGUUGUUUGGAUCAGUUGAAGACAGCUGCUUCUAAGUUGAAGACUUUCAGUGAUGGCGCAUCGAGUGGAUCCGAUGAGGGAAUGGUGAUUGUGGCAUCAGAAGACCAAUUUCAGGAGCAGGAGAAGAUUUUUGCCCGAUCGUUGGCCGUAUUGCGAGAGUUUUUACGUGCCUACCAAUCCAAGCCGCAGUUUGCUACUCCUAAAGCAAGAUCGCUGACGACAAUUACGACGACCGACGUCGCAGGCGAACCUCUGACUGUUAAGUAUCAAUCCUUUGAUGGCAACAAACACACAGAGGUCAAGAGUUUGACACUCGGAAAGUUGAAUACAGCUGCAGCUCUAUUCGCUAGUCUCCAAAAGGUCACCGGAUUCAAGAACUACAAAGUAUACUGCGGUGGCAAGGAAUUUGACCCCGACGAAAUCGAAGUAUGCAAGUCUUUGGAUGAUCUCAACCUGAACGGUCUCGUCCUUAUCCAGCGCCGCGAAGACUCGGAUGGAAUCCCAAUCCACCUUAAUGGGACGAAGCCAACUCUCGAAAACGAGAUUAUGAAGCACUUUGAUGACUUAUGGGGCUAUCUCAGCAUGCAUGAAAAGGUGGCUCAAGAGAUUUACUACUUCUUGGUCAAAUUCCCAGUCUACGAACGAUUGCUGAGAGAUUUUGACACCGACACACUACAUUCUGAAAUCUUCCCGCUCGGCCAACCAUUCAAGUCUCUCUAUGCAAUCCAUGCGCUGAAGGAGUAUAUUGUUGGCCAGACGCAAAAGGGAAGUGUGAAUGAGACUGCACUUACGAGAGCUGUUUCCCUGAUUGUUGCCGCACUCUCAGAUCGAGAUGUCUUAGAUCAUUGUGCCAGUGACGACUUGAGGGAUUGUCUUGCCCUGCACCUCAUUGACUGCCUUGUCCACUUUCUGAAGGAACCCAUACCACCAGCAUCCAUUGCUCCCUAUCUGAACGAAAUUCUUCUUCAACGCCUCUUACAAUUAUUGCACGAUGCAAAGGGGAUUCAAUCGUCACAGAAUUCGGUACAUCUGACCUGGAGAGCAUUUGAAGCAAUCCUAGAAGCUUCUAUUCAUAAUCCAGAGCUUUGGGGUCACUUUGCUUCACAUCUCGGCAGCAACACAUUGCUGCGGGAGCUUCUUUUGGAAGAUCCUCGUCCUCUCAUCAGAAAGAGCGUUGCUAAGCAUAUCAUGAGCAAAUGCACCUUCAGUCCGAGUCUCGCUCAAGUCUCCACGACAAGCUUUGUGGUUGCUUUCUGGCCAAUGAUUGAGUCAUUGAUCAUCGAAGCCGUUCUAUACCCGUACCAGUGUGAAGAAAUUUUCAGCCUAGCCCACACAUUAUUCAAGAGACUUGCCGAAACUUCAACCGACUUCCUGGAUCUGGAGGAUUGUGUAAAGCAGUGGGGUGGUUUGUUACUGAAUCACAACUGCCAAGAGAGUGUUGGCCAUCCGGAAAGCAUUGAUUUGGUGGCCCAAGGACUUGCAAAUCUCUUGUUCGAUGCAACAGCCCUGGCGAAGACCUCCCAGAAGCUUAUGUCCUGCAGCACAAUCGGAAGUGCUUUGUUUCGCCACCACCUUUUCCCUGAUCUCUCAGUGGACGAGGACGAGGACGACAUCAUUGUCCCAAGAAUUCCUCUCCUCAACCCACUGACUAGGCGCACAUUGACGGAAACCAUCUUCUAUCUAGUGAAGGAUGACGAAGCACAGUACAGAAACAUCCUGGUACAGUUGGCGGUACUAGUUCCGUAUGCUGCGAUUGAGGAUGGCCCUUAUGUUUACGACUUGGGCUUCCAAUUUGACCGAAGCAAAGCUAUCAGAUCUCAUACCGGUUAUGUUGGUCUCCGCAACCUCUCGAACACGUGCUACCUCAAUUCCCUCUUCACACAGCUCUUCAUGAAUAUCCCCUUCCGGGAUUUCAUGCUGAAUGCUCAUGUGGCUGACGGUGGAGCAUCUCAAAAGCUUCUUUCCGAAACACAAAACCUAUUCAGCUACAUGCAAAAUAGUUAUCGACGAUUUGUUGACCCCGCAAACCUUGCCAACUCUAUUCGAACCUAUGAGGAAACUCAAAUUGAUGUUACUGUCCAGAUGGAUGUGGACGAAUUCUAUAAUUUGCUCUUUGAUCGCUGGGAGAGUCAAAUAUUGGCUCCAGAUGCAAAGCGCAAAUUUAGAUCUUUCUAUGGCGGCCAGCUUGUGCAACAGGUCAAGUCGAAGGAAUGCUCGCACAUCUCUGAACGUUUGGAACCGUUCUCCGCUAUUCAAUGUGACAUCAAGGGGAAGAGCAGUCUUCAAGAAAGUCUUCAAGCUUAUGUCGAUGGUGAGAUCAUGGAAGGAGAUAACAAAUACAAAUGUUCUGGCUGUGACCGCCACGUCGAUGCCGUUAAGAGGGCAUGUCUGAAAGACAUUCCAGACAAUCUGAUCUUCCAUUUGAAGCGAUUCGACUUUAAUCUACGAACUCUCCAACGCAGCAAGAUCAAUGACCAUUUCUCCUUCCCAACGAAGAUUGACAUGAGGCCUUACAAAGUGGAGCACCUGAUGGACAAUCCCGAGGAGACGCCAGAAGAUAUCUUUGAGCUAGUGGGCAUCCUUGUUCAUUCUGGAACCGCAGAGUCAGGUCACUAUUAUUCUUUCAUCCGCGAGAGACCAUCAAACGGAGUCAAGGAGAAUUGGAUUGAGUUCAAUGAUGACUGUGUCACCCCGUGGGACCCGAAUCAGAUGGAGAAUAGUUGCUUUGGAGGUCCAGACUACCGCGGCCCCGUCGACGGAGGCAACAUCCAGUACGACAAGAGCUGGAGUGCAUACAUGUUGUUCUACCAGCGAUCUUCGGAGCUUGCAGUACAGAAGCAAGGCUUGGAACGCUCAGGAUUGGCAAGUCCGUUACGCUUACCAAUACCCUCUCGACUGUCCAAUCACAUCGCUAUGGAGAACGAGCUUUUGAUGCGCAAGUACUGUCUAUACGAUCCGUCACAUGCCAACUUUGUUACGAAGAUGCUCUCCCAUGUCAAACAGAUCAAUGGUGGUCAAUGCUCUCAAUCGCAUACUCUGGAAAAGCUCGCUUUGACUGCUUCGCUCAAUCACCUAGAUCAAGUCAUCGCUCGAACCAAGGAUCUUCCGGAUUUUCCAACUUUCAUGGUAGCACUACGUCACAUCUGUCAUCAAUGCGCAGAAUGCAGCCGCGACUAUCUAGAGUGGUACUGUGAUCUUCCCGAGACUCUUCGUAUGUUACUUCUCCGAAACCCUGAUGCCUUAGUCCGGAACGAAAUCGCUGCAUCGAUUAUUGCCGCUCUGAACAAAGUCAAUGCGGAUGCGCCGUACGCAUAUGGCUUUGGCGAUGAUGACGAGGUAGACGCCGAUGAAUUGGAAGGAAGCGACCCACAAUUGAUCCAGCGGGUUGUGAAAGCCGUCAACAGACUUUGGGACAUAUUCCACUCCAAUUGUCGUGCUUGGCCCGAGUACUUUGGCCUCCUCGCUAGUAUCGCUAAGAUGGGAAAGUGCGAAGCGACUCUGCUUUUAGAUGCUGGCUACCUUCGCCGCACACUAGAGAUGGUCAGUGCAGACGUGCAGUUGCCAAUCAGCCCUCAGUAUUCGAGGAUGCUCAAUAUCAUCUCUAAGCGGAUUGCGACACGCCCAGUGUCAUUCGAGAGUGUGAUUACACUUCUAUACAGGCUCGUCGAUACUUGCGAUGCCUCGAUUGACACCGUUGCCGAUGACGAUGACCGAAUUGAUAUUGCGAUGAAUAACAUGCCGAUUCCACUUUCGGUCAGUGAGCGCCAUUUGCUGCUGCAGCACUGGACAAGAAAUAAUGCCCACAUCGUGGUCGAAAAGCUUGUCCAAAUCCAUCAGAAUGACUAUGAUACAGAGGCUCUCAUCAUUGCCCUUCUUGAUUGGCCGGAGUCGUUGGACCUCAACAUCUUCGCAGCCAUCACCCAUGGCAUCAGAAGAACUGUCUCUUCAGCUCCUUGUGGCCCCUUCCUCAAAGCAGCUCUGACCUAUUGUCAACACUCGAGAGAGCCUAGAGCUCUCGUAAACAUGGUUAUGCAUGUUACCAAGGUUGCGACUCAUCUUGACAACACAGAGGGGAAGGAGUUUCUACAAUUCUUCAAGGAGGUCAUGCAACUGCAGUACGAUCAUAGCGAUAUGGAGAAAGAGGAAGUCUACAGGUUCUUUCUUGAGCAGGCCACCCAGUGGGGCCCGGGUCUGCUGACGUACUACGAUACUAUCGUUCGGGCUGACACGGAGGACUUCCUUCAGGAGUUCAUACUCAGGCCUACCUCUGACGCUAUCGAAAUCACAGUGUUGGAGGACGAAAACGAGGGCGAAAAGAUCAAGGUGAUGAUGCAAGUUGGUCAAAAAUUGGGAGUUGCAUGUCUUGAUUACCUGCAAAACACCUAUGUUCAACCACGUCAAACGGUGGUCAGAGCAAUGCUGGCAAAUAUCCAGACUGUGAUCGAGGCUUGCCAAGAGUUCUUCGAUUUCGACAGCAAGGAUAACCUGACACGUCGAUUCGCUGAGAUGUCUGUCUCUGUUCUUCCAGCGAUCAAGAAGAUUAUGGUUGAGGAGGCUGAUGAGGAGGUUUCUGACUGGGACGGCUCAGAAGGAGACUACGACGGUUCAUCCGAGCCCAUGGACAGUGUCGCCGAACUCGGCCCAGCUGACGACGAUGCAGCACUAUGA